AUGAAAGUCUGUAUGGCGGUGUUUUGCGAGUUGCUUGAGAUGGUGGAGAUGAACGUUGUUCACGUGGACUAUGCCAAGCUGUUCGCAAGUAGCCUGAUCAACAACCAGCCCCAACCCGAUCCUUACCUGGAAUGCUUGGCAAACUUUCUGCGCACCGAGGCCCCAAGAGUCAUUGGUCAUUUUCGGACGAGCCUACUCGUUUCCUCGUGUCUCGACAUACUGAAUGGAAUGAUACUCGAAAGCGCUUUACCUAUACAUUCAGCCCAGAAAAUCCCUGGUUUCCAUGAGUGGAUAAGAGGCUGGAACGCAGGAGGCACGGCCGUUGGUCAAUUCUUGAUACCAACUGGGGACCAGUCCGAAAGUCAUUUCACUGAAUACGUCCAGCUUCUUCCUGCAAUCAGCGACAUGCAGAGCUACGUUAAUGACAUUUUAUCUUUCUAUAAAGAACGCAUCAUCAGGCGCGAAAAGUGUUAUUUACACCAGGUAUCUCUGGAGAACCAAUGCAGCGAGAUGGAGUCGUUGAAGGAGCUAUGCAGUCGCACCUCAUCGCUCUAUCUUAAGAAUUGCGAGGUCAUGGGUCAGUCUAACAGCCACGUGCGGCAAAUCUAUCGCGACUAUGUCAUGGGAUAUAUUGAAUGGCAUUUCUACGACGAGCUGUAUAAGUUGAAUGAAAUGGGGUUAAGGCUAUUUCCGUGA